UUAUUUGGGAUGAGGAGAUGCGGUCGAUGUCAAGCGACGAUACUCUCUUCGGAGCUGGUGAUGAGAGCCAGGGAAAUGGUCUUCCACGUGCACUGCUUCUCGUGUGCGGUGUGCAAUUCGCCGUUGACGAAGGGCGACCACUUCGGGAUGAAGAACGGCGCCGUCCUCUGCCGGUUGCACUUCGAGAUGGCUCUCGCGGAGCAACCGACGCCCCCGCAUCACCAUCAUCAUCACCAUCCACAUCACCAUCAUCAUCCGGCGAUGUUCGGGGUACCUGCAGGUGGAGGAGGCGGUGUCGGAGGUGGUGGUGGAGGUGGCGUCGUUCCGCCUCCAUCGUCAGUGCAUUACCCGCACCCUCCGCCCUUCCCGAGUCCCGACUUCCAUCACAACAAUCCGCAUCAUCCCCAUCACCAUCACCACCAUCACGCGGUAACCCCGGUACCAGCGCCGUCGACGCCCACCGAAACGAAGGUGCCCUUCUUCAACGGUGCCCCAUCGACGCCUCGCCAAAAGGGCAGGCCGCGGAAACGGAAACCCAAAGAUCUCGAAGCCAUGACUGCCAAUUUAGAUUUAAAUUCGGACUAUCUGGACAUGUCGUUCGGUCGGUCGCCGGGAACGCCCGGGAUGCCCGGCUCCAACCAGAGGACGAAGAGGAUGCGCACCUCCUUCAAGCAUCACCAGCUCAGGACGAUGAAGUCCUACUUCGCUAUCAACCACAAUCCAGACGCCAAGGACCUCAAGCAGCUCUCGCAGAAAACCGGACUUCCGAAACGAGUACUCCAGGUUUGGUUCCAGAACGCCCGUGCGAAAUGGAGACGGAUGAUGCUGAAGCAGGAGGGCAAAGGCGGAGACAAGUGCUCCGGGUCGGACGGUCUGAGCGACCUGGACCUUUACCCGGGACCCGGAUCGAUGGGCGUCCAAUCGCUGGGUCCGCACAGUCCCCAGUUCAUGAUGCCCCCCGGCAGCCCCAAUUCACUAGACUGCUCGUGAGCUAUACGUACUUAACUAACAACAGUUUCCAGGCAACAAUACCAACAACAAUAAGAACUACAAACAAAAAAAUAAACGAAAACCCACGUCGACCACCACCAACACCCGCGCAAACAAAAGAAUGUAUGUAAAUAAUUGUUAUCCCCAUGAAAAUAUUAUAAAACUGUACACAGUAGGAUCACACACAUCAAUAGAUUCAAUUAGAUAAAAACACAUUUUAACUCCAUCUAUUAAUCUUUCAAAAUUGUUGACAACUUGAUUUUCAACGUUUAUCAAC